GAUAACACAUACAUUUGAUUACUAUCGUAUAAGAAAGGAAACUCCUCUUAGUUUACACCACAGGAACGAUCAAAGUUUUUUGGAAGGACCCAGUGACCGUGUAGGGCGCACCUGCGUGUCACGUGCACACUGCCAGACUUGUUAUACUCUAUACCGUGAUCAAACCGGCUAUUUUAAGAAACAUUCAGUGGCUAGCAUCCUGAAAAUGACAUCAGACUUUGGCAGGAGGUGCAAGCAGAUAGGAACAGUAUUCUGAAUAUGGCUGCAGUGAGUGAUUGCAGGGUUUACAUUAGCAAGCGCGUGGUUACUAGGGACGCUGUUGCUAUGGAGCCAUUCUUGAGCAUGGCACAGUACGUCGCAUAUCAAGCAUUAAGAUCUUUGAUCUAGAACUUAGAGGAAUAUAUCCUUCCCAAAACAUAUCGACCGAUGCAUAGCUGUAUACUAGGCUUGAUUGCCUCAAGGACAAUUUAAAUAAAAACAGUGCCCUUUGAAAAAUUGUGUUCUAGACUUUCGAUGGAUACAAAUAACUAAAGUAUCGAUAAAUUUCCAAAGGAACUCCCAUAUACUCCAAAGACGGAGCACACGAGAAUAUUAAGCAGUGUUUAUUUUGAUUUUUUAAACCCCAAAAAUGGCGCCCUUAAAUUACGGGCCAGGGCAAGUUUCGUCACUGCAGAUACAUUGUCGUCAAGAUAGAAAGAACAAAAAAUGAACAUAGGAAGCUGGGAUAGAGCAGCGAGCCCCAAGUUCCCAAUGAGCUGUGUCAAGAUCCUGGGGAAAAUGAGAACAGAGAGGAGGCCGACAGACUGCCCAGAGACAGACACUUGGAAGAUCAAGAUGAUAGAUCUUCAUCGCGGCUCCAACUCUGCAUUAGAUUGCACUGAAUUAAUCAGAUCUCCCACCACCUUCAGUAUCCACCUGGGACCACUUCUGUCUAUUCAUACUUUGAGUCUAGAGGUGGAACGUUUCCGUACACUGUCUUCUUUGGACUUCAGUACAUCUUGAAGCGAUGGCUGAGCGGACCAGUAAUUACAAAGGAAAUGAUACAAGAGGCGAAGGAGCUCUUCGCCGCUCAUUUCAGGACAGAUAAAGUCUUCAACGAGGAGGGGUGGAACUAUAUCCUGGAGCGCCAUGGCGGGAAACUACCCCUCCGAGUGUGUGCAGUGCCCGAGGGGUCUGUCAUCCCCACCAAAAAUGUUCUGUUCACUGUGGAAAGCACAGAUCCCAUGGUCCCUUGGGUCACUAACUUUUUUGAGACUGUCUUUGUUCAAGUAUGGUACCCCAUGACAGUGGCAACAAAUUCACGCAUUCAGAAGCAGAUAAUCCAUCGGUAUCUAAAGGAUACACAUGAUAACUUGGACUCCCUUCCCUUUUCUCUGCAUGACUUUGGAUACCGAGGAGUUUCAUCUAUAGAGACAGCAGCCAUCGGGGGAGCUGCACACUUAGUUAAUUUCAAGGGAACAGAUACAGUUGCAGCUUUGCCACUUUUGCACAAGUAUUAUGAUGCUCCCAUGGCAGGAUUCACCAUACCUGCAAUGGAACACUCAACAGUCACCUCGUGGGGAAAGGAUGGGGAGGUAGAUGCCUUCCGAAAUAUGCUGGAGGCUUUUCCCAGCGGACCUGUUGCAUGUGUAAGUGACUCUUAUGAUAUCUGGAAGUGCUGUGAAAAAAUCUGGGGAGAGGAGUUGCAUGACAUUGUUGUGGAGAGAAGCAAGACCGGGGGAGUACUAGUCAUACGUCCAGAUAGUGGAGAUCCUCCAACUGUGGUUCUCAAGUGUUUAGAAAUUUUAGGAAAAGCCUUUGGAACUGAGAACAACUCCAAAGGUUUCAAAGUUCUUCCUCCUUACAUUAGAGUGAUCCAAGGAGAUGGUAUAUCCUACACGACUGUGGGUAGUAUUCUAGAAAAUUUAAAGGAUCAUGGCUGGUCUGCAGCAAAUGUCUCUUUUGGCAGUGGAGGAUCUUUACUACAAAAGGUAAACCGUGACACACAGAAAUGUGCCUACAAGUGCAGCUAUGCAAUAAUCAAUGGAGAAGGUGUAGAGGUUUUCAAAGCACCUAUCACUGAUGUUGGCAAGACCAGUAAGAAAGGCCGCCUGGCUUUGCAUUGCAUUGACGGAGAGUACAAGACCAUUGAGGGUGGAAAAGGGGAUCCAAAACAGGACCUGUGUGUGUGUGGGGUGGUACCAGAACUUGCUGCCAGAGUGACUUAUCGUUGUCCAUAUAUAACUGAGACCCUCAAGACUGAACGGCCCUUUGGUGUGCCACCAUUAAAGCUUGGCAGUACAUUAUCCCCACAAAGAACUUAUUUUAAAAAAAGGACUGUAAAUAGGGCUUGUGCAGUUUCUCUUAGUUCUGUAACUAUGUCAUCUAAUACCAGUAAAAGUAAAAAAAAGAAAGAUGUGCAAAAUCACAGAGAUAUUAAAAGUAGCAACAAGUGCAGCCUUUCCUCAUCACAGAAUCAAACAAAUUUUGCUUAUUCCAAGACCAGAAAGAAUUUCAGAAAUGCACAGUACCAGAACACAAGCUCUCCAACUUACCCAGUUACACUUGAGUUAAGUCUCGGUAGUUACCGCAAAGCACAGUCAUCAGCUAUGGGCUCCUCCUCCCUUUCCCCAGCCCCCUCCUCUCCUUUGUCACCCCCCCUCACCCAAAACACUCCCUUCUCAUCACCCGCUGCUUCGCCGACCCACAAACAACCACUUCAGUCACUACGUCUUGGCAAGGACCUCCUUGUCCCAGUAUUUGAGAAUGGCACUUUGCUGAAGAGCUACACUUUAGAGGAAGUCAGAGCCAGAGCAGAGUUGGGUCCCAGUGACAUUGAUGUCUUCAAGUUCCUAGAAGGAGAACAACAGCAGAGCAAGGAAUAAAACGAUGAUCCAUUCUGUAUCUGAUAUAUGCGUACUAUAAUUGUUAUUGCUGCAUUAGCUUCGUUUUGCUUGUUUGUUAAAAAAUAUCGAAGUCCAUUGCCCCAAUCAUCAGGCCUUUUCUCACUGGAUGUGAAAUAUUUUGAUUUAAUCAUGGUAACAGGAUAGUGAAACACACACACACACACACACACACACACACACACACACACACACACACACACACACACACACACACACACACACACACACACACACACACACACACACACACACACA